AUCAUCAUUAUUCAUCGUGCGUGAAGCGUGAUCCAAGACUCCACAGAACCUUAGCUAGCUCCAACUGGGAAUUCUUUCCUUUCUUUUAUUCAUUCAUUUGUUUUCACACUUUUCUUUUCUUUCCAUCUUUGUCUCAAACUCUAACUCAGAUCUCAGUCUCACACAUUAAAAUUGAACUCUUUAAUAGUUAGCUUCUUCUCUUUCAUACUACUACACACACAAAACUUUGUGUUAAAGUGUUUGCACAAACAAAGGUUAAAAAGCAAAAGAGAUCGAUAUCUGGGAAGUUGGAUCUGAACUGAAUGGCUGUCGCUGUCAGAGGAAGCCGAGGCGGCGGCGGAGGAGGAGGAGGAUUCUGUCUCGGUGGAUUCAGUCUCCGGAGCUUCUUCUCUUUCCGGAUCUUCGUCUCCGCCAUGUUCUCUCUUCUCUUCAUCGCCACUCUCUCUGUUGUCUUAACCAAUCCUUCCGCCCCUGACCACAACUCUGGGCUCCCGACUACCGGAAAUGCUUAUGUACAUCGCACAUUUUUAGCGUUGAACUCUGACCCCCUUAAAACAAGAUUGGAUUUGAUAUAUAAGCAAGCGAGCGAUCACAUUACGCUUGUGAAUGCGUAUGCUACGUAUGCCAGGAAGCUUAAGCUUGAGAUUUCUAGGCAAUUGGCGAUGUUUAAUGAUCUGGCACAAAAUUUCACUGAUCUUCAGAUAAAGCCCCCUUCCCGGGCAUCGUUGUUUGAGUCUGAUGGCCCAGUAGAUGAAGAAGUUCUAAAGCAGUUUGAGAAGGAGGUGAAGGACAAAGUUAAGACUGCACGGUUGAUGAUUGCGGAGGCAAAAGAGAAUUAUGAUAAUCAGUUGAAGAUUCAGAAGUUGCAAGAUACAAUCUUUGCGGUUAAUGAGUUGCUGAUUAAGGCAAAGAAGAAUGGGGCAUUUGCGAGCUACAUUGCUGCCAAAUCAAUUCCAAAGAGCUUGCAUUGUUUGGCAAUGAGGCUUGUGGAGGAGAGGGUUUCACAUCCAGAAAAUUAUACGGAUGAUGAAGAGCCUAAGCCAGAGUUUGAGGAUCCGAGUUUGUAUCAUUAUGCGAUAUUUUCAGAUAAUGUGAUUGCUGUAUCUGUGGUAGUGAGAUCGGUGGUGAAGAAUGCACAGGAGCCUUGGAAACAUGUUUUUCAUGUUGUUACUGAUAGGAUGAAUCUUGAAGCAAUGAAGGUUUGGUUUAAGAUGAGGCCGGUGGAAGGGGGUGCCCACUUGGAGAUGAAGGCGGUAGAGGAUUUUACUUUCUUGAAUACAUCAUAUGUGCCAGUAUUGAGGCAAUUGGAGUCAGCAAAGUUGCAGAGGUUUUACUUUGAGAACCAGGCAGAGAAUGCUACUAAGGAAGCACAUAACAAGAAAGUUAGGAGCUCAAGGUACUUGUCAAUGUUGGAUCACCUUCGCUUUUAUUUGCCGGAGAUGUAUCCGAAAUUGCACAAAAUCCUAUUUUUGGAUGAUGAUGUUGUGGUUCAGAAAGAUUUAACACGGUUGUGGAAGAUUGAUUUGGAUGGGAAAGUGAAUGGGGCUGUUGAGACUUGUUUUGGGUCUUUCCAUCGCUAUGCUCAGUAUUUGAAUUUCUCGCAUCCUCGUAUUAUGGAGAAGUUCAAUCCUAAGGCUUGUGCUUGGGCUUAUGGGAUGAAUAUAUUUGAUCUUGAUAGUUGGAGGCAUGAGAAAUGCACAGAGCAGUACCAUCACUGGCAGAACUUGAAUGCAGAUGACACCUUAUGGAGGUCAGGUACUCUUCCACCUGGCCUGAUCACCUUUUACUCAACAACUAAGUCAUUGGACAAAUCCUGGCACGUGCUAGGGCUUGGCUAUAAUCCCAGCAUUAGCAUGGAUGAGAUCAACAAUGCUGCAGUCAUUCAUUACAAUGGCAACAUGAAACCUUGGCUUGACAUUGCUCUGAACCAAUAUAAGAAUCUCUGGACCAAAUAUGUGGACAAUGAUAUGGAGUUUGUGCAGAUGUGCAAUUUUGGCCUCUAAUUAAAUGCCUGUCCUGCUUUGUCAUCAAUCAGGUAGCACAACAAAUGACCUGCAGCAAAUGUCCAUAGUGGGUUUUCAUUAUUUAUUUAUUUAUUUUGAUAAGUAUCCAUAGUGGGUUUAAUAGUCUUAUAAGUUCUCAUAUCCUUAUUAGUUUUAGCCCUCAGAGCAAAGCUCAGCGGUAUUGUCAUUAUUUUUUAUUCUAUGGUGGAAAUGCUAUCCAAUGUUUUUGGUUUUUUA